AUGGCACCGGAAGCCAAAGGCGCAAAGGACUCCGCCAAGUCGGCCAAAAAGGACACCAAGGGUGGCACCAUCAAAUUAAAGAAGCAAGCUCCCAAGCACAACAAACCCGGCAACUGGCGUGAUGGUAGCGUCGUCGAGGACGAAAAGAAGAAACCUGUUAGCUCGCCCACAGCAGAUGUCGCCUCUCCCGGCCCCGUCGUCAACCAGCUUGACGACAAUGCGCGCGAGGCCUUUGCAACUGGCCGGCCUCUCGAAGACUCACCCGACCUGCAACAAUGCAAGCACUGCAAGAAGAGCAUCUUGAAGACAGCAACGAAGGCGCAUAUUGCAGGUUGUCUCAAGUUGAAGAAGGAGAAGGCGCAACGCAAGAAGGAGGCGAGGGAAGCCCGCGAACGAGCCAAGGAGGCUGCGCGCGAGGAAGAGGCGCGCAAGGCCGAAGACAAAGACGACGAUGAUAGCGAUGAUGAUGAUGAUAAGAAAGGUGGCAAGCGUGCCGGCAAGAAACCCGAGGAUGGCAAGGGCAAGAAGCGCAAGGCUGAUGGCGAGCCCGAUAAGGCGCCUAAGGCCAAGAAGAAGAAGGAUGAGCCCAAGGCCAAAGUACCCAAGCCCAAAGGGCCUGUCGAUGUCGAACGACAAUGCGGUGUCAUUCUGCCGAACGGACAGCCGUGUGCACGUUCGCUUACGUGCAAGAGUCACUCCAUGGGAGCCAAGCGAGCUGUUGCCGGUCGGUCGCUACCGUACGACAUGCUCCUCGCGGCAUACCAGAAGAAGAAUCAAGCCAAGCAGCAGAAGGCUGCUUUAGACGCCAACGCCCCUGUCCCGGACGAAGACGAAGAGAACCAAGGCCCUGUCGACUCGGACGAGGAGACUGGUGCCGUCAUGGCCGCCCUCAGCAACUGGAAGCCCAAGCCCCUCGUGCCGCAGCCUGUCUUCACCCCUAUCAAGCGCCAGUACCAGCUUGCGCGUCUGCACGAGCAGCUUCAGAUGGCUACUAACGGCGGCCGCACCAACAUCUUCCAAGUCAUCGGCUACGGCGCGCAGAAACUGCCAGAGGGUCAUCCGGGACUGGAAGACGGCGACGCGGAGGGGGAGGACGUGGGCGCGAUGAGCUUCCCAACGUCGGCAAGAUCAGGGUCGUUUGCGAUUCCGCCGACGCCUACGAGGGUAGCCACCGCAGUGGCUAGGGGCUAG